GGUCACGGAUUGUGAACACGAACAGCAGCUGACCGUGGCUCACCAUCGAUCUGCCAUAUGGCACUGGCUGUGCCCUGCCACCUCCCCUGGCACUGCUUCCAGCUUAAAAGAUGCCCAGCACCACCGGGGCAGCACCUGUGGCCCAGCCCUUGCUCAGUCCAAGCCGUCCCAGCUGCUCCCCCACAGCUCUGCUCCCCAGCAGUGCCUCACUCAGUGCCAAAAGCAGUGGAGAAUAGGGAAUAUCGGGCAGCAGAGACAUCCCUGCCCACACGGCUCUGCAGGACCCUGCACAGGAGCGGGGAUGCAGGGCCUGUUCCUCACAGCACUGUCAUCUGGCCUGAAUAAAAAGGCAGACUGUGCCCCAAAAUCUCACGUUGCAAAGGCAGGCAGGAGGCCCCUGCUGUGCCUCAGGCCAUUUCCCUGCCCCGGCCGCGCUGCUGCCCAAACAGUACUUUAACCCAGCUCAGGCUGGGUGUGUUUAAACAAACACGGGAGGCUCCCCAGCACCCUUCCCUCGGCCGAGCCGCCCGGCAGCGCUCAGCGCCCAGCACACCCCAGAAAUGCGCUUCCUUCCCCGCCUCGGCCUCUCGGCCGCCCUGGCCCUCGCCGCCUUCCUCAGCUGGAGGCUGCUGCUCCCGACCCCGGCCCGCGGCCCCCCAGGUGACCUGGCCCCCAAGGCAGAGGGGGACUUCACUUUGACACUGGACACCUUCCUUCACAUCCAGCAGCUCAGGAAGAAGAGACUGAGAGCUUUCUGCAGCCAAGCAGGCAAAGCUGCCACGCUGCCGAGCAGCCGGGAUGAGAGAGCCUCCCUGCCCCCGAGCCUGAGGGUGAACACCAAGCUGGACUUCCUGUACUGCCAAGUGCCAUCAACAGGGGUGGAGGAAUGGCAUCAGCUGUUGGAGAAGCUAGAGGAGGGAAGUGUGACACUGCCAGUGCCCCUCCCCUACCCCCGGCUGCGCAUGAAGGAGACACGGCUGAGCAAGUUCAACCAGACAGAGAUAAAGGCCAUGCUGGGGUCUUACACCAAAGUGCUGUUUGUCAGGGACCCUUUCCACAGGCUGAUUGCCACAUUCCUGCAAGGCAUGGGCAUCAGCUCAUCCUUCAGCAGCUUCAUCCAGGAAGUGCUAGACAGUGGCAUGCACAAUGGCAGCAUGGCUUGGAAACCACUGGUGAGCCUGUGCCGGCCCUGCCUCAUCCAGUAUGACUAUGUAGUGAUGUUUGGCUUCCUCAGGCAGGAGCUGGGCCACCUGCUGCACAGGGCUGGGCUGCCUGGGGGCAGCCUCCUCCCUGAGCUCACCGACAGCCAGGUGCAGUGGACCUACAGGUGGCUGUCAGAGCAGAUGUUCAGCGAGCUGUCUGCCCAACAGAAGCAGCAGCUGUCUCAUUUCUACCGCUGGGACCUUGCUGCUUUCCCAUUUUCUAACAGUUUCCUGUCAGACCACACCAGCACUGCAGAGACUUGGGAGAAAUAGCCCACGUGGAGGAACUGGUUCAGGCAGCAUUAAUCCAAAGGCAAGAGCUUCAAGAUACUAACAGGCCUUUGCUUCCCAACUGCUUGCAGUGAGGUUUUCCAUGUCACAGUCCAAAAGACUCAUCAGAGAGCUGAGACAGACCACUGCCAGGGACAGGGAGCAAUGGGGUUGAAUUGUGUUUAAACAUGACAGGAGCAGGCACUAAGGAAAUUUGUGGUGCUGGGACCUGGAAAACUGCAUGAAUUGAACUCCAGCAGUUUGGGGUAGGGUGGGUUGGACUGCAGCAAACCAUAGCAGCAUCACAGGUGCUGUGACCACACUGACAUUUCCUUUUCUGGGCUCUGUUUGGCAAUGGCUUCUUCAUGACCAAUCUUCCCACACACACAGAUAGGGAAGUGCUCCCAAAGGAGCAUGUCACCUGGAGGCUGAAAUAUGACACAGGGUGGCACACCCAGCUGGGGAACCACUGGCAAUGCUCCCAAUCUUUUUAUGCCCGGGGAGGGUUAAUCCCAGACAAUCAUUUGGUCUUUUCUGUCCUGUGUGAACUGUUCUGUUUUACAACCUCAUAUCCUAUGGGUUUGGGCUCAAGUGGGCCCUGGGGCUGGGACUCAGUUCUUGCUCCAUUCACAGGUUUUGAGUUUGGUUCCUCUCCUUCCAGGGCUGACUCCAAUGGGCCAAGACCAGCCUUCAGCUCGGUGCACUAGCCCUGAGACAAGUGUCAGUGUGGACCAGGUACCAGCCACAGCACCAGACAGACUGCCUCCCACCUUGUGUCAGCAACUGGUGAGCCCUGUGGAGGUGGCUAGAAGCAUCAGAAUGUGUCACUGUGCUGCCAUGGAAAACAGGAUGUGGCUACUACAAGCUCCUGCUGGCAGAGAAGCACAAGGACUGACUCUGUUUUCUUUUGGACUUGGCUGCCAGUGUGGCCAGACAGAGGCCCAGUCUCUCCAGCUGGCACAUGGCUUCAUCCAGCUGGGCAGCCCAGAGCAAUCACCCACCCUCUCCCAGCUUUGGCCACUGAGCUGAUCUGACUCACAGCCCAUGGGAAGGGCCCAAGGAUGAGCUGAAGUUGCCUAGAUUUCAAAUCCUGACGGACUCUGACCAUAGGAUACUUGUUUCCAGAGUAUUUAUCAGCUUUAUUUUGCAAUGCUGUGACAUUCACAGAGAAUUCAACGUACAUUCAUGGUACCAAUUUGACAGUGCUCAUUAAAGAAUGUUAGUG